GUCGAUGCCGCCAUCGCCUCUUUUUAUUCAGCUUCCCUUGUAGUGCUAGCUUCGCACACUUCAUCUAUCAACUCGGCGAUAUAAAUCAAACCAAAUAUUUACUCAGGGGACUCUGGAUACUAGCACAAACACAGCGCCACAAAUUCAAUUGAGAGGUGUGAAUUCGCGACGGACCGACCUAAGUGUACCCUGCAUUCAUCAACAUUAUUGAAUGUUUGGGCUCGUAAUUUAAACGGAGAACGAAACCCUUUCUAAGACUACACUAAAAUUUUUGGUAAAAAUAAAAUGGAAGGAAUGGAAUGGAAAAAGAUGAUCGGGACAUUGUGUAAUGAAGAGAAGCUUUCAAGCUCAUCGAGUGAGUACUGAGUACGUUCUGUGAGCGUUAUCAAUGCCACUUGAGCUAAUAUUUCGCGUAGCGUCGCAAUUUGACAAAUAAACUAGACCACCACAUAGAAAAGCGCGCUACGCUUGUGGAUUUAAUACCUUUCAAAUUGUGUAGAGCAGAGGGUAGAAAAGCACGUUUACGCGGAAUCGUCGAACCUAUUCAGUCGCCUUUUACGCGUGGAGCAGUACAAUCCGCUCCAGAAAUGGGAGAAGUUCCGAAAAUCAAGAACUUGCCACAGGUGAUCGAGCCUCACUUGCCAGAAGGGUGUACACUGGACUCGUACUCCACUAGCUACCUGACCAAGCCCGGGGACAACUAUGGCAGCAUUAUGUUAUCUGUCCAAGCGAAAAUCCGCAGUGCAGACGGUGGUAUUCGGGAUUUGUCGCUGAUAGCCAAGUUGCCGCCCCUCACCAACGACCUUUACUGGCAGAUCUUCCAACCCGAGCGGACCUGCAUUACGGAGAACGCGGUGUACCAGUAUCUGUCGCCGGAGCUGGAUAAGUUGCAGCUAGAGUCAGGCAUCCUGCCCGCCCAUAUUUUUGACGGCUUCCCGCGAUACUACGGCUCCCGCGUAUCGUUGGACCCCCGCGCUACAAAAGUGGAUCGGGAUGCCGUUCUGGUCCAAGAGAACGUCACUAUGCAGGGCUACCGCCCAGGUAACAGACACCGGCCUUACAAUCUCGCAGAAACUGUGCUUAUUCUGCACUAUUUGGCCCAGUACCAUGCCCUGCCCAUCGCCCUGCGCCUGAAAAAACCGCAGGUGUACGAGGAGUUUGUGCGACCAUACUUCAAGAAGUUCGAUAUGAACUGUAAUAUUGAUCAGGCCGAGACGGAAAUAAUGAACAACGAGAUUCUAAAGGACAUAAAGUUGGUGACCAGCGACGAACGGGAAGUAAAUCGCGUCAAGGAGCUGCUGGACAUUUUCCAGGCCUUUCAAGCUAGCAACGAUGUGGACGACGGCCCAUUCACUACCCUCGUGCACGGAGACCUGUGGAUCAACAAUAUGAUGCUAAAAUACGGAGAGGAAGGCACUCCACUCAAGGUGAAAAUCGUUGACUUUCAAAUCGCGCAGUACGGAUCGUUGGUGCAUGAUAUCAUCUUCGUGCUGUUUUCAAGUGUGGACGUAAAUGUUCUCGAAGACAAUUUCUACAAUUUCCUGACCAUUUACUACAACGCCUUCAUUCAGACCUUGCGCAGCGUGAAUGUGGACACCAGCAACUACACAUACGAAUUGUUUCUCAACGAGGUACAGCAAACUGCACACGUGCAGUUGCCUCACGCGAUCUUUAUGAUGAAGGUUAUACUGGCUGACAACAGUACGAUUCCGAAAGACUAUAAAGACGUGGAUUUCUCGGUGCUCACAAAGAACACUGGAGCAAAAACUAUUGUGACAAAAUUUGAGGCUAUCUUGCGACUAGGAAAAAAGUUUAAUAUAUUUUACUGAUCUAUUUUUGCCAGUCACGAAAUAAAAAUUGCACAAUAAGCUGGUCACCUUUAUCACA